GCAACAAAGAAACGAAAAAAAUGAAAGUUCUACCGUCACUUUCUUCUCCAACCUUCAACUCUCUCCUCCGAGUUCCGACCUUCACAUCUGGAAAAUCAAUAAACCCAAAGUUCAUCUGGAAAAAAUGUCCCGGCAUAAGUUAUCUAAUGUGUUCAGAAAUCAUGUCCCUAAUCUAACACCCAAUCAAGAAAUUGCUAAACGUAUUUCCCAAUUUCUAAUCUCCUCAAACUUCAUAAGCCUCCAGAAAUCACCUGUUUUUGGUAAUGUCAAUUCACACAUAACUCAAAUUGUUCUUUCAGACUCACAUGUUCCUGUCAAUUCUUGCUUACGAUACUUCGAUUUCCUGAGAAGUUUACCGUCCCCAUCUUCGAAAACACCUGAUCUUCGGGCUUAUGUUACCCUCAUUUUUAGAUUGUUGGAAGCUAAAAAAUUCGCUGUUGCGAAAAAAUUGUUGAAUUCUGUGUCUGUUGAUGGAUGCCCAGUUUCAGAUAUGGUGUCUGUUGUGGAAGAAUGUGGUAGUAAAAGUGAAUAUAGUGCGAAAUUUUAUGAUCUUCUGAUGAGGGUUUGUGCGGAUAAUAAGCAGUUUGAGGAUGCCUUUAAAGUGUUUGAUAAUAUGACUGAGAGAGGGUUUCAGGUUGAGGAGAGAAGUUGUAUGGUUUUAUUGGUUUCACUGAAGAAAAAUAGGGAAUUUGAGUCCCUGAUCAGGUUUUUCACUAAGAUGGUUGUUUCGGGUGUCAAAAUAACAGUGUAUUCGAUGUCGCUUGUGAUUGAUUGUUUGUGUAAGAGUGGGGAGAUUGAGAAGGCUAAAGAGUUGAUUGGUGAAAUGUGUAGGAGAGGGGUUGAACAGAAUUCAUAUCCGUACAACUCACUGAUAGUUUUUUACAUAAAGAAAAAGGACUUUGAGGAGGUUGAUCAAGUAAUUAGGCUAAUGGAGAAGAUGAAUGUGGAGCCUAACGUAGCCACUUAUACACUCAUAAUUGAUGGAUAUGCAAGUAAUGGGAAGAUCGAAGAAGCAGAGAAAAAGUACCAGGAAAUGUGUGAGCGGGGUGUUGAGGCAGAUAUGCAUUUGUAUACCGUGAUGAUCAAUUUGUGUUGCAGGAAACAGGACAUGAAAAAGGCUUGCCAUCUUUUCGAUGAAAUGACAGAGAAAGGCCUUCCACCGAAUAUUCACACUUACGGUGCUAUGAUACAUGGAUUAUGCAAGACUGGGGAGUUGGAGGCUGCAGAGAUACUUGUGAAUGAGAUGCAGAGAAAAGGGGUUGAGAUAAACCAUGUGAUUUUUAAUACUUUGUUAGAUGGUUAUUGCAGAAAAGGAAGAAUUGAUGAGGCAUUGCAGCUGAAGAAUACCAUGGAAAAGAAAGGAUUGGUGCCUGAUGUAUACAUGUAUAACAUUAUGGCAAGUGGAUUGCAUAAGUUGAAUCGAAAUGAGGAAGCAAAGUCAUUCUUGUACUCAAUGUUAGACAAGGGAUUGUCACUAAAUACAGUCAAUUAUACUAGUUUGAUCGACAUACAUUGUAAACAAGGUAAAUUUGCGGAAGCCAAUAGACUGUUUAAAGAGAUGGAGAGGAAGGGGGAAGGGCCUAAUGUUGUCACAUACAAUGCUUUGAUUGAUGGAUAUUGUAAGAAAUGUAGGAUGAAGGAGGCUCAUAAACUCAAGAAUGAGAUGGAGGAAAAGGGAGUGACACCUGAUGUCUACUCAUACACGUCAAUAAUACAUGGUGAAUCUAUAAAUGGAAACAUGGAUUACGCGCUGACAUUGUUUAAAGAGAUGUCAAGUAGGGGGUUAGUUCCAAAUGUAGUUACUUACACAGCAGUGAUUUCAGGCCUGUCAAAGGUAGGAAAAUCCGAUGAAGCUUUCAAAUUGUAUGAUCAAAUGAUAGACGCAGGCUUUACUCCAGACGCUACAGUAUAUACUUCACUUGUGGAAAGCCUUCAUUCAGCUUAAUAUUAUUUUCUAAUUUUCAUCAUAAAAGGACUUGAACCUUGGUAGAACUAGGAUUCAUACUCGUUUUUGCGGUGAUUUCAGGGUUUUUCUUCUUCUUAGAUCUGUUGUAGUAGUACCCCUUGUAUUCAUGUAAAAUUGUGUGUUGUUUGUCUGUCUUCUUCACAUUGUAACACUGCUUUUUAACCAAA